AUGGCCUCCGUCUUCGGCUUCCUGCGCCGCAACUACCUCAUCAUCAACCCGCCCGUUACACCAAAGCAAGAUGGCGCCAUCCGCUUCGGCGUCCUGGGCGCAGCCAAUAUUGCUCCAAUGGCCCUCGUCAUACCGGCCAAAACUCACCCAGACGUCAUAGUCCAAUGCAUCGCCGCCCGAGACCGCAAAAAGGCCGAGGCCUUUGCCCUGAAGCACGGCAUCCCGGACGUCAAGGACUCGUACCAGGCCGUCAUCGACGACCCGGACCUUGACGCAAUCUACGUCCCGCUACCCAACGGCCUGCACUACGAGUGGGCCCUCAAGGCGCUGCAGGCAGGCAAACACGUCCUUUUAGAGAAGCCCUCCGUCUCUAACGCGCAGGAAGCCGAGACCCUGUUCCGGCUGCCGCUGCUCAAGGAAAAGGGAAGUCCUGUCUUGCUGGAGGCGUUCCAUUACCGAUUUCAGCCGAGUUGGCAGUAUUUCAUGGGGCUUGUUGAUCAGGAGAAUGUCGAGCACGUGCAUGCGCGGGCGUAUAUCCCCUGGUUCGCACUCGGGGAUGACGAUAUUCGAUUCCAGUAUGGGCUUGCUGGCGGCGGGUUGAUGGAUUUGGGGACGUAUACCGUCUCGAGCAUUCGGCAGGCGUUUGGGGUCGAGCCGGAGGAGUGUCUGACGGCGAAGUUCAAGACGAUGCCGGAGCCGGAGGAGAGGGCGGAUUAUGCGUGGGAUAUCACCUGGCGGAUGGCCAAUGGCGGGACAGCGCAUGCGGAAGGGGCGUUCCGAACGGGGACGUUGGGGAUGGGGCUGCCGCGGCUGAGCGUCACGCACAGAGAGGUCAAGAUCGCCGACGAGAAGCUGCCUGCCGGCCAGGAGAAGACGCGGAAGCGGACGAUUGAGUUUGCGAAUUUCAUGCUGGGCGGGAUUUGGCAUCGCAUCGACAUCGUGGACGAGUUUGUCGUGAGGCGGACGGGCUCAGGCUCGGUUGUCAAGAGGUGGACGGAGAAGACGUCUAAAAAGGCGUAUACCUUUGAGGAAGCCGGGUUGGCGGGCAACGGGGAGGAGUAUUGGUUCACGUACCGGCAUCAGCUGGAGCAGUUUGUCAACCGCGUCCGGGGUAGGGAGACGAGCGUUUGGGUUGAUGGGGAGGAUAGUAUUAGUCAGAUGAGGAUGAUUGAUAUGGCGUAUGAGAAGGCUGGGUUGCCGCUGAGAAAGUCGAGUGGUGUUACGAUUUAG